GGCGCGCGGAGGGGCCCCGCGAGCCCGGCGCGCAUGGAGGCGUUGCGGCGCGCCUACAGCCGCCUGUGCCAGCAGAGCGGGGCCGAGCCCCAGGAGGCCGUCCUGCAGCGGCUGCUGCGGCCCCCGCGCGGCCGGCUGGACCUGGCCACGCAGAGCCUGACGGUGGACAGCUGCAGGGCGCUGGGCAAGCUGCUGCGCGCCGAGGCGCAGUUGACGGAGCUGGUGCUGAGCGACUGUAUGCUGAGCGAGGAGGGGGCCGCGCUGCUGCUGCGAGGGCUGUGCGCCAACACCGCGGUCCGGCUGCUGGACCUGAAGGGCAAUAACCUCCGGGCCAGCGGGGCCGAGGCUCUGGGACGGCUCCUGCGGCAGAACAAGUCCAUUCAGAGCCUCACCCUGGAGUGGAACAGCCUGGGCGCCUGGGAGGACGCCUUCGCCGCCUUCUGCGGGGGCCUGGCCGCCAACGAGGCCCUCCGGCAGCUGGACCUCCGCAACAACCAGAUCAGCCACCAGGGGGCAGAGCAGCUGGCCCUGGCCCUGAAGGGCAACACCACCCUCCAGCAGCUGGACCUGCGCUGGAACAACAUCGGCCUCCUGGGUGGCCGGGCCCUGGUCAGCUGCUUCCCCAGCAACCGAAGCCUGCGGAGGCUGGACCUGGCCGGGAACAACGUGCCCGGCGACGUCCUCAGAGCCGUGGAACAAGGCGCGGGCCACAACCAGGACAGGCAGGCGACCCUGCGGGAGAGCCAGGCCCGCACCCAGGUGCUCAGCCAGGAGGUCCGGCACCUGCGGGAGGAGAAGUCCAGGCAGUUUCUGGACCUGAUGGAGACGAUUGACAAGCAGCGCGAUGAGAUGGCCCAGAGCAGCCGGGCGUCGGCGGUGCGUGUGGGGCAGCUCCAGGAGGCCCUGAGCGAGAGGCACUCGAUCAUCAAUGCCCUCAAAGCCAAGCUCCAGAUGACCGAGGCCGCCCUGGCUCUGUCGGAGCACAAGGCCCAGGAGCUGGGGGAGCGCCUGGCCGCCUCGGAGCAGGGGCAGCUGAGCCAGGCGCAGAGGCUGGAGACGGAGCGCAGGCUGGAGCGGCAGGAAGCUGCAGAGCGGGAGUCCAAGCUCCUCAGAGACCUGUCGGCCGCCAACGAGAAGAACCUGCUUCUGCGAGACCAGGUGGACGAGGCGGAGCGCAAGGUGGGGUCCCUGCAGGAGCAGCUGUUCCAGGCCAGGCAGCAGCUGACCACCACGGCGGCCGAGCUGAAGCUGCGGGCCAUCCAGGCUGAGGAGCGCCUGGACGCGGAGAGGGAGAGAUCCAAGCAGAACCUGCAGGAUGUAGAAAGCCUGCGUCUCAAGGAGGUGGAGCACAUGACCCGCCACCUGGAGGAGAGCGAGAGGGCCAUGCAGGAGAGGGUGCAGAGGCUGGAGGCCACCCGGCUGGCACUGGAGGAGGAGCUGAGCCGCGUGAAGGCCGCGGCGCUCACCGAGCGAGGCCAGGCCGAGGAGGAGCUCAUCAAGGCCAGGCAGCAGGCCCGCCUGGACGAGCAGCAGCGCCUGGCCCACCUGGAGGAGAAGCUGCGGCUGCUCGGGCAGGCGCGGGACGAGGCUCAGGGCGCCUGCCUGCAGCAGCGGCAGACGGUGGCCGAGGCCCAGGCCAGGGCCGGCCAGCUGGGCCUGCAGGUGGAGGGGCUGCGGAGGCGCCUGGAGGAGCUGCAGCAGGAGCUGAGCGACAAGGAGCAGGAGAAGGUGGCGGAGGUGGCCCGGGCGCGGGCGGAGCUGCGGGCGGAGCGCACGGCGCAGCAGGCCCUGAGGGAGCAGGUGGAGGCCCUGGAGCGCCAGCUGCGAGGGCUCGCGAGCGACCACCGGGAGGCGCUGCUGGACCGGGAGAGCGAGAACGCGUCGCUGCGGGAGAAGCUGCGGCUGCGGGAGGCGGAGAUCGCGCGCAUCCGGGUGGACGAGGCCCAGCGGGCCAGCUUCCUGCAGAAGGCCGUGCUGGCCUACGUGCAGGGGGCGCCGAGCCCCCCGCAAUGAGCGCGCUGCCCCCGCAAUGCAAACAACGGCCGCACUUGGCCCACACCUUGGCCCCGCGUCUUCUUCGCCGCCCCGCGCGCGGGCCCCG